AUAGGCUAGUGAGAAAGUGUUAAGACAUAAUGUGUGCCAGAACGAGGUCCACUGUCCUGCCUGUUACUACCACAAACCAUACAAGUGUUUCAUUUUCUUAAUCUGAAAGCCUGAAGCUGGGAGGACUUUAAAAUUUGUUUUUAUUAAACUGAUUUGUAUCAAAGUGUCAAAGUGCAUCUCAAACUAUGGAGGUGGAUCAAUUUGCAUUAGAAGGUGGUAAGGCAUCCAGAGGGUUCACGAAAGACAGACUGAUAGCAGUACUAGAUCAAGUCGAGAUGCGAGUGGAGAGGCUCCGAAAAGACACAGUCAGGAUUGAAGAAGAAAAGGACUCCUUACUUUCAACUUUAGACAGCAUCAAACAUUCAGAACUGCUAUUGGAUAUAUCGGAGUGUGAUAAGGACGAUAUCACACGAUACGCGGACCGCAUCCUGUCCCGGGCUAUGACCGUAGAGGUGACAGUGCGCACUGACCGAGACCAUCAGCAGGAGGAAGCUCUGUAUCAGGUUGGUUUAUCUACUAUACAUGACACGUAA